CAUUCCCUUAGUCAUGAAAAGUAUCACGUGAUAUCACUAUACUCUUUAGAUUGGAUAACCUUGAAUCUCCCACCUCAUUCCUGUAAAUGGCAAGCAGCAACAAGAAAAAGAUAGCGAGAUCUCCUGAUGCGAUUUGUAAAAUGUUAUGCAGUUCAACGCUAGCUGCCACCCAACACAGACAUAAUUAACGCACGCGUCAUAAGCACACGUCAUUUGCUAUCAUGAAGAACUCUGUGAUUACCAAUCUUCUAUUGGUGGUCUGUGCGGCAUCAACCCAAAUACCGGCUCAGUGGACGAGCAGCAACUACAUCAAUAAACCACUUAUUCUCCUAGCUGUACCUUUUCCUUAUUUGGCAAUUUUUGCAAAAUCAUCGACGGUGUCGGAGGAGACAACAACUCAAACAAAUGCAAAAAAUUAUGCUCCCCGUUCUGUUCAAACGAUAUGUCCAAAGGAAUCGACAGAAAAUGCUCAGCGCUUAACAGAAAUGGAAUCGCAGAUUGAUGUAUUAAAAAAGGAAAUAGAAUUUUUAAAAACAGGUCUUUCAUUUGCUGGGACUGAGGAAUCGUUCACGUGCGAAGGAGAAUCCAAUGUGAUAUCCUGUUCCGGUGGAAAAGGCAUCGUCGUCGAUUUCGCUAAUUACGGCCGUACGUCACACCACAUCUGCAUCUAUAAUGAAAAAAUCGAUGUAAUCAAUGACUGCUACACCCCGUCGCAUACCGAAAUGAUUAGCGGACGCUGCAACGGCCAAGCUAGCUGCAUUGUGAUAGCCACCAACGAUUUUUUCGGUGAUACCUGUCCUAACGUUUACAAAUAUUUACAAGUAAAGUACCGCUGCGUUUAAGACAAUACUGGAUACUGGAAAUCAACAAUAUUUCAAUUUUCUUUUAUAAUGAAUACAUUUUUUAAAUAA